CACUUCGUCUACAACUUCAUCUCAAAUCCGUCAGCUACACAAAUCGCAAACUUCUUCUCAGAUACCCUAGAUUACGGCUUCCGCCCUCUACCAUCAACAUGGAUCGCAUCAAGGAGAAAAUGGCGUCGCUUCGCGUUGAAGCUGACGAGUCUCACGCCAAAGUCGAGGAGCUUCAAGGAAAGGUCAAAACUCUCGAGCAAGAAACCCUGCAGAAGGAGCACGAGAUCACCUCCCUUACCCACAAGAACAGCCAACUCGAGGGCGAGGUCGAGAAGUUGGAGAACCAGAUCAAGGAUCUCAAGGCCGGAGCUGAGGAGGGUACGACUGCAACAACACAGAACGAGACUCUCCAACGAAGACUGCAACUCUUGGAGGAGGAGGCCGAGGAGGCUGAUAAGAAUCUGAGGGAGACAAACGACAAGCUUCGUCAAACCGAUGUUAAGGCUGGUCACUUCGAACGCAAAGUUCAGGCUCUCGAGCAAGACCGUGACCAAUGGGAGCAGAAGUAUGAGGACAUGGCUAAGAAAUACGCUGCGGUCCAGAAGGAGUUGGAGGACUUCCAACAGGAGAUCGGCAACAUGUAAAUCGCCUGCAUGGACGGUGGAUGUAUCUUGGGGGGAGGGUUGGUGAAUUGUUCAUUGAUGGGUGAUACGAAAGAUACGAAGCGGAGAAGAUAAUUGCAGUUAUACAUCGUGU